GGAACCAUUUGUCAUUUUUUUGCACAUUUAUCAUUUUUUAGCAUAUUUGUCAUUUUUUAGUAUAAUUUGUAGCUUUCAUUAUUAUCGGCGAAUGAAGAGCCGCAUCGAGAUCAAUUAUCGGUUAAGUCGAUAAACUUAUGUUAGUAUUCAGUAAGCAAACGAACGGACAAGUUGAGCGUACCAGCAAUUGGCUGUUAUAGUUCAUAUGAAAUAAAGAAAUGUUUAAUUAUUCAUCAUAAAUUUGGUCCUUCGAGCCGGAUCCGUUGGGCAUUGCUACUGAAUGCUCACUUGGAGUUGUUGGAAACAGCACGCACUAUUGGAAAAGUGACGUGUUUUGUCUUGUAUUGUUUUUGCUGCUGGAGACGCAGCAAUUGCAAAUUCUUGAAAUUACGUAUCGAUAUUUGGCAUCAUACGUAAUAAACAGCACGCACUAUUGGAAAAGUGACGUGUUUUGUCUUGUCGUGUUUUUGCUGCUGGAGACGCAGCAAUUGCAAAUUCUUGGAAUUACGUAUCGAUAUUUGGCAUCAUACGUAAUACGCAGUACGCACUAUUGGAAAAGUGCGGUGAUUUGUCUUAAUGGUUUGUUCGGCUGCUAGAGACGCAGCAAUUUCAUCACAUUAAUUUAAUACCUGGCUAUUUUGGACAACUUGGAUUGACUGCUGGCAACGCAGCAAGCUACAAUGGAAAAUCUACGGACUUUACUGGGAGCCAGAGGUAGAUUGAAGGCAACAAUUACUCGUAUUUCUGGAUAUGCGGAGCAUCCACCUGAGGGCUGCACCUUCUACGAUAUUGAUACAAAAUUGGACACGCUGGUUCAAGCUUGGAAGCAGUUUCUCAACCUUGGUGACGAACUUUAUAAAUAUGAAGAUGUGCAGGGAUAUGUGGAUCCAGCAAGUGACAACAAUGUAUAUGAGGAGCGCUUUGAACGAGCGUGUGCUCUUCUUAAGACACUGCACGCUGAGUACAAACCCCACAAACUGGAAGAAGCCAAUACCACAUCUAAUGUACAUGGGGAAGUAGAUAAUUCGCCCAUCCAAGGCAUUUUACAACAAAUACAGCAACAGUCUCAUAUACAAAUACAACAAUUACAGCAACAGUCUCAGAUGCAAAUGCAACAAAUGCAGCAGAUGCAAAUGGAGACUAUGGAGGCCUUAAUGCAACGACUGCUACCACGGCAGGUGGAUAACGAGUCACCGUCAGGCUCACAGCAAGGCGCAGGACCAUCAGUGAAGGAUUGGGAACUGCCACGGAUUCAUAUCACACCAUUUGAUGGAGAUUAUAAGGAAUGGCACGCAUUUAAGGGUCUAUUCGACAGUGCCGUUCACAGCAAGACAACGUUGACGAAUAUCCAGAAGUAUCAUCACUUAAAAUCUUGUUUAAAAGGAGAAGCUGCGAAACUUAUUCAGCAUCUGCCCUUAGCCGAUGCCAACUAUGAAAUAGCUUGGAAUUCAUUAGUUGAUCGGUACGAGAAGCCUCGCUAUUUGGUAAACGUGUUGCUGGAUACAUUUACUGGACUGCCCAAGGUUGCGGAUCAAAACCCAGCAUCGCUUCGAUCGCGAACAAACGAAGCUGGUACCGUAAUUCGGGCAUUAGACGCUUCUGGACAAACGGAUCGGGAUUGUUGGCUGAUUUACUUGCUCAUGGCAAAGGUUGAUGACACCACACGUCGUGAAUGGUACGAAAAGAGUCAAGAUAUAGCAAAUCCUACGAUAACGCAGUUGCUCAAGUUCCUGGAUGCACGUUGUGAUCGGCUGGAGCUCAGUCAAUCUGCAACUACGACAAGCAGCAAGCCUAGACAGGACAGAGGUACCAGGAACGCACAUGCGCUACUCGCCACUUCAGAGCGCUGUGCAAAGUGCAACAAGGAACACGCAUUGAUGGCAUGUACACAGUUUUUGGAUUUAUCUAUUCAGCAGCGAUAUGCCUUUGCAAAGUCCAAACACAUGUGCUUUAAUUGUUUGAGACUUGGCCAUGGAGCGAGCGCUUGCACAUCGAAGUCAUCUUGUAAGCAUUGCAAGCGCCGACAUCACUCACUCUUGCACUUCGACCAACGUAACACUAAGGACAAAGAUGACCCACAGCAACAUCAGCAGGAUGAUUCAAAUGAGGCACCAGGUGCUAGCACAGUAGUAGCACUGACGAACGCCGUUAAUACUUCAAAAGGUGGCAAGGGUGCAAAUAUGAGAAGUACACUGCCAACGGCGCAGGUGUAUGUGCGCAAUUCUCGAGGACAAGACGUUGUUUGCCGCAUAUUGUUGGACUGCGGCUCGGAGUUGUCCUACGUUUCGGAACGGUGUAUCCAGACAUUGGGUCUGGCCCGUUCACACUCUCGCAUCUCUAUAUCUGGAAUAUCAUCAAUCAAGGCAGAAACAACAAGAGGGCUCUGUUCACUACAUAUCAAGUCGCGAGUGUCAGAUGCAUCUCUUGUGGUCAAGGCACACGUGCUUGGAAACAUUACUUCGACACUGAUGAGAGAAACUAUAAAUGCAGCAGACCUCUCUAUGUUUAGCGGCCACACCCUGGCAGACGCCGCAUUUAAUACCAACGCUUCAAUCGACAUUUUGCUUGGUAACGAUCACAUUUGGACGGUUCUUACUGGAGAUAAGCUGUGUAAUCUUCAGGGGAACACAAUUGCUAUUGAUUCAAUAUUUGGAUGGAUCAUCACAUCAGUGGCAGGAGCGUGUACAACCACAACUACGUCACUCCUAGCUACCAUGGACAUCAACACAUUGUUGCAACGGUUUUGGGAACUGGAAGAACUUCCAUCGUUCACGUCUGCCAAUAAAGAAGAUGAGUUAGUGGAGACUCAUUUCGUCCAAACACACUCCCGUAAUGCCGAAGGGAGAUACAUCGUCGAGCUACCAUUCAAGCAAGGGAACCCAGAGUUUGCAGACACCUAUCAUGGAGCCAAGUCUCGCUUCUUGGCAGUUGAGCGUCGUUUAAUGAGGGAUGCAGCUUUACGAUCGAAGUAUGUGCAAUUCAUGAGGGAGUACAUACAACUGGAUCACAUGAAGGAGGUGGAUGCAGAAGAAGACGCCACUUCGAAGAAGGUUUUCUACAUGCCGCACCAUCCAGUGCUAGGGGCAAAGCUGCGUGUGGUAUUUGAUGGCUCAUUUCAAGACCAAGAUGGUCGGUCUCUAAACGAUGCGCUUCAUAUUGGUCCAUGUAUACAACGCAAUCUCUUCAACGUAUGCAUGAGGUUUCGAAUGCACAAGUUUGUAUUUUCGGCUGAUAUUGUGAAGAUGUUUAGACAAAUUUUGGUUGCAUCUAAACAUCAGGACUUUCAACGAAUAUUAUGGAGAGAACAUCCGUCAGCACCAUUGAAACACUUCAGACUCUGCACAGUUACAUACGGGACUGCGUCUGCGCCAUUCCUCGCAGUCCGGGUGUUAGAACAACUUGCCAAGGACCACGAGAAUGAGUUUCCUAGAGCAGCUAAGAUAUUACUUGAGGAUUUCUACGUGGACGAUGUAUUAACAGGAGCCAUGACAGAGGAAGAACUUAUUGACAUUCAAACUGAGCUGGUUGCACUCAUGUCACAUGCGCAACUGGAAUUGGGAAAAUGGAUCUCAAAUAGCACACGACUAUGCACCGCGCAAGGUGAUAGAGUCAACAUGUCAACAGCAACAUCAAAGGUACUAGGACUACAUUGGGAUCCUGGAGAAGACAACCUUGCAUACAACAUUGUAUUAUCGGAAACUGCAAGCUGCACAAAGCGACAAGUGCUAUCCGAUGUAGCACACAUUUUUGAUCCUCUGGGCAUUUUGGCACCAGUGGUAGUCCAAUUCAAGAUUCUACUGCAAGAACUUUGGUUGCUUGAUUUGGAUUGGGACUCUGAACUUCCGAUGAAACAGGCGCACUCUUGGCAGAUGUAUCGCAAGGACAUUUCGUCGCUACAACAGCUCAAGAUACCUCGCUUCAUAGACAGUCACAUGGAUCACAUCGAGUUACAUGCAUUCUCAGACGCUUCGCUUAAGGCAUACUCUGCGGUCGUCUACAGCAGAGUUGAGUAUAGUGACGGCUCUAUAGCAACGCUGCCACGCCUCGAACUGUGUGGAGCUCUACUGCUGACUAGACUUGUUAAGGCAAUUCAAGCUAGUUUGGGCAAGAAGGAAGUGAAGGUAUAUGCAUGGUGCGAUUCUACAAUCGUAUUGUCCUGGCUGUCAAAUCAACCCUGUAAAUUGAAGAUGUUCGUAGCCAAUCGUACGGCAGAAAUACUUGAGACAAUCCCACGGGACGCUUGGAGGCAUGUGAGUACCAAGGAAAAUCCUGCAGAUUGUGCAUCCCGAGGAAUGCUCGCCGGUGACCUUCUUAAAUUUGACUUAUGGUGGAAGGGACCGUCCUGGCUACAUGAUUCCCAGGAGUAUUUGGAGAUGCUUCGACGAUCAAAAUUCUGCUGUUCUAUCGUGCCGCCAGCAGCAGAAGCGGAAUUCAAGGCCAAUAUUCUGACGGUAACGGAGGACAUGGCAUCGUCCCCCUUUGAUGCUUUACUUACUAGAGUAUCAUCAUGGCUGCGACUGAUUCGAAUCAUCGCAUACGUCCGGCGCUUUGUACAUCGCGUCCGAUCAAGAAACUCACUUCAUUCAGCAGCCUUGACGUUCCAUGAAAUUGACGCAGCACGAAAGUUUUGUCUAGUGCAAGCACAAAACGCAUUUGAUGUUGAUCGGCAGCGCUUGUUGAAGAAGCAACCGCUGCAGCACCGUUCCAAGUUGAGCAAGCUAGCUCCAUUUGUUGACCAGGAUGGCCUUAUUCGAGUUGGAGGACGCUUAGAAAACUCUUACCUAUCUAGAGACGCCAAACACCCAAUUGUACUGCCUAACCAUCAUCGACUAGUUGAGCUGUUAGUGAAGCAUGAGCAUCAGUUCAACCUUCAUCCUGGAGUUUCGGCAAUGUUUGCUAUAAUUCGUCAGAAGUUCUGGAUACUUGGAUCCAGAAACCUCAUCCGACGAAUCACGCAUGGAUGUCUAAACUGUUUCAAGCAGCGUCAUCAUACUACACAACAGCUUAUGGCUAACUUACCUGCCACUCGCGUGCGGCAGGCCUUUACAUUCGAACACACUGGAGUCGAUUAUGCUGGACCUAUCUUGCUAAAGGUACACAAGGGACGCAACCCGCGUAAGGAGAAGGGCUACAUUUGUCUCUUUGUAUGCAUGGUGACAUCAUCACUUCAUCUAGAAUUGGCAACUGACCUAAGCACAGACACCUUUCUGGCAGCCCUCAGACGUUUUAUGGCCCGCCGUGGGAAGCCUGCCGAGAUGUACAGCGACAAUGGACGUAACUUCGUCGGUGCUAAGCGCACAUUAAAUGAGAUGUCACAACUACAUACUUCACGCGAGCAUAAUGAAGUGGUAGCGAGGAAGUUGGCGGAGCAAAGCAUCAAGUGGAAUUUCAUUCCACCAUAUACUCCACAUUGGGGUGGAAAAUGGGAGUCUGCUGUACGUUCCGUGAAGCUACACUUGCGACGAGUGAUCGGAAAUACAGUGAUUACAUUUGAACAGAUGCGCACUCUGCUUACACAAAUAGAAGCAGUCGUGAACUCCCGUCCAUUAUGCGCAAGUUCGGACACAGAAAUUGGAUUCUUGUCACCAGCACAUUUUUUGAUCGGACGGACGUACACUGCAGUUCCAGAUGGGAGCUACGCAGAGGUACCAACCAAUCGCUUGGGAUAUUGGCAACAUACUCAGGCAAUGCUUCAAGGAUUUUGGAAGCGUUGGCAGCAGGAAUACUUAACGGCAUUGCAGCAACGACCCAAAUGGUCUACCAAGAUGCCUAACAUAUCCCUUGGAGACAUUGUACUCAUCAAGGAUUCGCAUACGCCUCCAGCAACAUGGAACUUAGGACGCGUAAUCGAAGUGUACCCAGGAGAGGAUGGAUUAGUACGGGCAGUUAAACUCAAGGUCGUUUCUGGAGAGAUUAUACGACCCAUCACGAAGAUAGCAGCUCUACCACAUUCUGAAACGGAGUUUCAGGGGGGGCCGGGAUGUUGAGGAACCAUUUGUCAUUUUUUUGCACAUUUAUCAUUUUUUAGCAUAUUUGUCAUUUUUUAGUAUAAUUUGUAGCUUUCAUUAUUAUCGGCGAAUGAAGAGCCGCAUCGAGAUCAAUUAUCGGUUAAGUCGAUAAACUUAUGUUAGUAUUCAGUAAGCAAACGAACGGACAAGUUGAGCGUACCAGCAAUUGGCUGUUAUAGUUCAUAUAAAAUAAAGAAAUGUUUAAUUAUUCA